UUUUAAAUUUUGGUAAUGUUUAAUUUAUAUAGUCAAUAAUAAAUAAUUAAUUGUUAGAAAAAUUAUUAAUUUCAGGCGAGAGCAGCGAAAAAUAAAGAAAGUCGGGGUAAGAUGAAAUUUCUAGGAGGCUGGGGCUCCAAGCCCAUUGUUUCACAUGUUGUCGAAGGGGCUAACCCCGACACAGGAGAACUGCCAACUGCGGUGGAAACUUUUCAAAAGUUUCACCAUAAAGGCAACGAUUGGCGCAACGAGUUCGCGCAACAAGCUUACGAGCAAAUGGUUGAAAUAGCGGCAACUCAACCAGCGCCCACUGCAGAUGAGCCCGAAGAGCCUGCUAUCGAUCCUACACAGUACCCCCGAGACUUACCUGUUAUGACGCAAGUACUCGGGGAACGAUCUCGGCAUCUUAGAGGCUUUGGCCAUCUCCCCAGACUGAAGGGAGUUGGGGCCAAAAGAGCACCUGCCACGCAUCCUUCAGCCCAACCGACUGUUACAAUGGAACAGUACGAGGCUUUACAGAAAAAAGUGGAGGAAGCGGAGCAGACAACUCAACAUACGAGGCAGCAGUAUGAGACACAACAACUCUACCUCAGACGAUUCCAAGAUCAGUUUGAGUAUCUUUCUCGAGCUGUGCCGGGUUUCAACUUGCCUCCCAUGGAUCUUCCACCAUUGCCCACUCCUGGUGCUGGAUCAUCGGCUGCUGCUGGUGCUGGAUCGUCAUCGCAGCCUCCCGAGACUCAGAGAAACAACGAUGACGACAUUACCCGCCUAUAGAACUGUACUUUUUUUAUUAUCCAGUUCGAACAUUUAACAUUUUGUUUAUAUACUGAUUUUAGUAGUAAUUAAUGUUGGUUUAUCUUGUAA